CUACUGAAAUUGAAGUGGCUAGUACAACAGCGAGUGAGUCUGUAGGAGUGGCACAACAUUAUACUGCUACACAAAAUGAGGUUAAUAGUGUGAGUAAACACAAGGAUGAAGCAACAGAAGACACCAUGCUAAAAUGUGAACCUGCUGAACAGGUAGUCGAGAAACCACUGGCAAUCAAGCUGCAGAUAGAAAAUGUGGAAAUUAAAGAUGAAAUACCACCACUAAUGGAUAUGAAUGAGGAGUCAUCAGCUGUUACCAAACUAGAAGUAGCACCCAUUUCACAGACACUGUCAUUGAGCUCUGAAAUAGAAGCAAAAACACUCAAGACAGCUACCCUUGAAGUGACAGAGCCAAAGGUAGAAACACAUGUGGCAACAGAAGUUGAAGUAGAGACGGAACUCAAAGUGGAGACCCCACUUGUGACAUCAGUGGUUGCAGAACUUGAGGUAGAUUCACCAGUAGUUACAUCUAUGACAAAAACUAUUGACACACACAGCUCUUCUGCAACAUCAGAGAAUCAAAACAAAGACACUGACACCGCAUUCUUGACAGAAGAGGGCAAAGAACAAGUUGUAGGGAUACCCACUGUAACCCCUGCGGUAUUGACACUGGCUGAAGCUCUGGAUGUAGUUACAACAGUUGUGGCUCUUGGCAACGGAUCAAGGCCUGUAACUUCAGUGAAAGACAUACAAGAUUUGACUCUAUUGGUAUGUACACCAGCUGUUGAUCCAGUGGCUGUGUCAACAGUAGAGAUGCAAAAUGUGACUCCAGUAGUCAAAACUUUAGCUCUCAGUUCGGGGAUAGUAACAGAUACUACACCUCCUGAAGUAGUUAUACUGACUGUGAAUGCAUUAUCAAAAACUUCAGUUGUGAGCUCAGUAGUAGAAACUCCAGUAAUGACCCCAGUGGUAGACACAACAACUGUGGCCCCACCAGUAGAAAUCCCAAUUGAGACUCCAGAGUUGAAGAUAUCAACGGUAGGAAAUGUCACAGUUGCACUAACUGCAACCCCUAUGGUGGAGACAUCAGUUGUUUCAGUGACAAAUAUUGAAAUGCCAAUAGUAGCUAUGCCAGCUGUGACCCCAGUAACAGAAACAUCAGUUGUGAGCCCAGUAGUCGAAACUACAGUUGCUUCCACUACAUCAGAAAUCACAUCAAAACCAAUUUCAGUUGCAGAGACAUUAGUUGUGACCCCAGUGAAUGAGACACCAGAUGUGGUUUCAGUGACAGUAACAGAGGCCAUAGCUCCAGUAAUAUAUCCAUCACAAGUUACAGCAGAAACAUCAGUUAUGACCACAGUAGUAGAAACUCCAGCAGUAAAACAAGUUACAGUGACAGAGAUACCAGCUGUGACCCCAUUGGUGGUUGCACCACUUGUGACUCCACUAGCAGAAACAUCAGUUGUGAGCCAAGUAGUAGAACAUCAAGCAUUAAAGUCAGUUGCGGUGACAGAGAUACCAGAUAUGACAACAGCUCUUGCAUCGGUGAUAGUAACAGGGGCUGCAUCUACAGCUGUGACUGCAAAAGCAGAGACACCAGUUGUGACCCCAGUGGUGGUGACACCAGCUGUGACUCCAGUGGCUGAAACAUCAGUUGUGACCCCUGUAGACGAAAGCCCAGCAGUAAAGCCAGUUACAAUGAAGGAGACAUCAGUUGUGACCCCAGUAGAAGAAACUAUAGCAGUAAAGCCAGUUGCAAUGAGAGAGACACCAGUUUUUACCCCGGUAGUAGUUACACCAGCUGUGACUCCAAUUGCACAAAUAUCUUUGGUGAUGCCAGUAGUAGAAAGUCCAACAUCAAAGCCAGUUGUAGUGACAGAGAAAACAGUUGUGACCCAAGCUGUAGAAAUUCCAGCAGUAAAGCCAGUUGCAGUGUCAGAGACAUCAGUUGUAACCCAAGUUGUAGAAACUGUAGAAAUUAAGCGAACUGCAGUGACGGAAACACCACUUGUGACCCCUUUAGUAGAAUCUCCAGCAGUAAAGCCAGUUGCAGUGACCGACGCAUCAACUGUGACAGCAGCAGUGGUGGUGAAACCAGUUGUGACUCCAGUAGCAGAAACAUUAGGUAGAAGUACAGUAGAAGAAUCUCCAGCAGUAAAUCCAGCUGCAAUGGGAGAGACACCAGUUUUGACCCCAGUGGUAGUAACACCAGCUGUGACUCCUGUAGCUGAAAAAUCUUUGGUGAUGCCAGUAGUUGCAGAGACACCAGUUGUGACCCCAGUUAUAGAAAUUCUAGCAGUUAAGCCAGUUGAAAUUACAGAGACACCAGUUGUGACUCCACUAGCUGAAGCAUCAGUUGUGACCCCAGUAGUAAAAACUCCAGCAGUAAAACCAGUUGCAGUGGCAGAGACACCAGAUGUGACAACAGCUCUUGCAUCGGCGAUAGUAACAGGGGCUGCAUCUACAGCUGUGACUGCAAAAGCAGAAACAUCAGCUGUGAGCCCAGUAGUAGAUAUACCAUUAUUAAUGCCAACUGCAGUUGCAGUGGCAGAGACACCAGUUGUGACCCCAGUGGUGGUGACACCAGCUGUGACUCCAGUGGCUGAAACAUCAGUUGUGACCCCUGUAGACGAAAGCCCAGCAGUAAAGCCAGUUACAAUGAAGGAGACAUCAGUUGUGACCCCAGUAGAAGAAACUAUAGCAGUAAAGCCAGUUGCAAUGAGAGAGACACCAGUUUUUACCCCGGUAGUAGUUACACCAGCUGUGACUCCAAUUGCACAAAUAUCUUUGGUGAUGCCAGUAGUAGAAAGUCCAACAUCAAAGCCAGUUGUAGUGGCAGAGAAAACAGUUGUGACCCAAGCUGUAGAAAUUCCAGCAGUAAAGCCAGUUGCAAUGUCAGAGACAUCAGUUGUAACCCAAGUUGUAGAAACUGUAGAAAUUAAGCGAAUUGCAGUGACGGAAACACCACUUGUGACCCCUUUAGUAGAAUCUCCAGCAGUAAAGCCAGUUGCAGUGACCGACGCAUCAACUGUGAAAGCAGCAGUGGUGGUGAAACCAGUAGCAGAAACAUUAGGUAGAAGUACAGUAGAAGAAUCUCCAGCAGUAAAUCCAGCUGCAAUGGGAGAGACACCAGUUUUGACCCCAGUGGUAGUAACACCAGCUGUGACUCCUGUAGCUGAAAAAUCUUUGGUGAUGCCAGUAGUUGCAGAGACACCAGUUGUGACCCCAGUUAUAGAAAUUCUAGCAGUUAAGCCAGUUGAAAUUACAGAGACACCAGUUGUGACUCCACUAGCUGAAGCAUCAGUUGUGACCCCAGUAGUAAAAACUCCAGCAGUAAAACCAGUUGCAGUGGCAGAGACAGCAGAUGUGACCUCAAUGGUUGUGACACCAGCACUUGUUUCAGUGAUAGUAACAGAGGCUGCAUCUCCAGUAUUGACAUUAACUGUGAUUGCAAAAGCAGAAACAUCAGUUGUGAGCCAAGUAGUAGAAAAUCCAAAAGUAAUGCAAACUGCAGUUGCAGAGACACCAGUUUUUACCCCAGUGGUGGUGACACCAGCUUUGUCUCCAGUAGCUGAAACUGCAGUUGUGAUUCCUGUAUUAGAAAUUCCAGAAGUAAAGCCAGUUGCAACCCAAGUAGUAGUUACUUCAGCUGUGACUCCAGUCGCAGAAACACCACUGGUGAUGCCAGUAGUCGAAAUUCCAACAAAAAAAUCAGUUACAAUGACACAGACACAAGAUGUGACCCCUGUAGUAGAAACUCCAGCCAUUAAGCCAGUUGCAGAGAUACCAGUUGUUACCCCAGAUGUGUCUCCACUAGCUGAAACUUCAGUUGUGAUUCCUGUAUUAGAAACUCCAGAAGUAAAGCCAGUUGCAAUGGCAAAGACACCAGUUUUUACCCCAGUAGUAGUUACAUCAGCUGUGACUCCAGUAGCAGAAACACCAUUGGUGAUGCCAGUAGUAGAAUAUCCAGCAGAAAAGUCAGUUGCAAUGACACAGACACCAGUUGUGACCCCAGUAGUAGAAACUACAGCAGUUAAGCCAGUUCCAGUGACAGAGACACCAAUUGUGACCCCAGUGGUGGCAACACCAGUUCUGCAUUCAGUAAUAGUAACACAGGCUGCAUCUUCAGUAUUUACACCAGCUGUGACUGCAAUAGCAGAAACAUCAAUUGUGUGCCCAGUAGUCGAAACACCAGCAGUAAAGCUAAUUACAGUUGCAGAGACACCAGUUGUGACCCCAGUGUUACAGACCUCAGCUCUGGUUACAGUGAUUGAAUCAGUGGCUACACUUCCAGUCAUUUCACCAGCUGUGAGUCCAUUAGAAAAUAAAUCAGUUGAAAGCCCAGUAGUAGAAACUCCAGCAGUAAAGCCAGUUGCAGACACAUCAGAUGGAAUCCAAAUGGUGGUGACACCAACUGUGAUUCAAACAGCAGAAACAUCAGUUGUGAGCCCAGUAGUUGAAAUUAGAGCAGUAAAACCUCCCACAGUUACAGUGGAUGAGACUCCAGUCGUGAAUCCAGAGGUACCAGUGACAUCAGUGACAUCAAUUGUCCCCUCAGUAUUUGGCACACCAGUUAUAAAUGAAGUGGUGGAGACCCCCACUGUGACCUCAACAGUAGAGAAACCUGCUAAAGCCCCUGUGUUAGGGAUACCAUCUAUUGCUUCAGUGGUUGUGACACCAGUGGUAAAGGAAAAAAUGGCAGAGCUUUCAGAUGUAUCUGGAAAUUAUAUUAAUCCACAACUUGUGACUGAGAAAGAGGUGAAGACAUCAGUUUUAACUGAAGGAAAUGCAAAGGGCUCCUUGCAGCAUGAGUCCAUUGCAACUUCAACAGAACUUCAAUCAGAGGUGGAAGAUGAUGUGUGGGAGGAUGCUGUAGAUAAUAUUGGAGAUGCUGUACUGACGCAAGCAGAUGGUGUGCCAAAAGAUACUGCUGCUGAAGAAGCAUCUGAUGCUCCAAUUUGAGAACUGUCUUGCUAUAUGAGAUGAAAGAAGCUGGUUUUACAAGAUGAGCUUGACUGCGGUCUCUUUGAACUGUCAUGUGUGACACCUCGUGAGGCUGUGUAAUCUACUGGCAGAAAUCAUUUCAGUGUAGAAACCCUGGCAACACAACUACUUUGGAUAAAUCGUUGUCAUAUUUAUAUUAAUGGUAUUUGUUCCUGUUUGUAUGAAUCUAAUCCUGAUUCUGACAUCAGACCAUUUAUAUCUCUCACUAUAUCAUGUUUUAUUCCAUAACAUUCCAUUUUGUUAAAACUUAUCUUAAUACAUGCAUUACAGCCUUCACAUUGAUACGUUUGGUAUUAAUAAAUUAUGAUUGUCAGUGGUGUAGUCAGGUGAAAUACCUAGUUUAUUAGGAUACUAAAUAAAUGAGUAAAGAGUUUAAUGGUAAAUUUAUUUUGAACAAUCAUAUUGUUCAAAAUAACAAUAUGAUUUACUUUUAGGGGGAACCAUGACAGUGGUCAUCUAGAUUUCUAUACUCUAAAUAUGUUGUAGUUAUCUGGUGCACUUUACCAAAGCUAUAAUGAGCAUUGAAAGUUGCUGUUUAAACCACUGUUUAUGACUGUAUUACAGGUAUUACCAGAGUAUUUAGGUACUAUUCUGCACUAAUGAUUUUAUUUUGUUCAAGAAAAAAGGCCAUGGUUACAAGUGACGUUUAAUUGACAGAUAAACACAAUUUAAGAAAACAUUAAUGUGAAUAUACAGCAUAUUUUUAAGUAUAAACAUCUAUUGAAGCAUGCACGCACACCAAUUUUAGUUGCAUUUACUGGACUGUCAUCAUGUAUUUUUAAAUAUCUACAUAAAAAAGCAUAUAUAAAAGCUUUAUAAACCACGAAUACUGAAGAUCAAUACACACUGCACAUGAUCAUCUAUAUACAUAUAUAGUAUAUACAUUUUUUAUUUUGCUUUAAAUGUUCUUCAAGCUGCCUUGCCUGUAUUAAAGUGGUUUGAAUGCAUCUGGCUUGAUAGAUUCAAAAUACAAUUUUGAACUUAUUCUAAUGUAUUGCUUUUCAGCAAUGAAGCAUCUGAAACCACCUGUACAACUGUGUUUGACUAUGCAUCUUAAAAGAAGUUGCAAUAUUAACAAUGAAUUAAAUGUAUUAGUUCCUAGACCUUUGUUAAAUUUCAUAUUGUAUUGUUUAAUACAUGUUAUAUUUCAAGUUUUAUUUAAAUAAAACAAACUUUA